UUCCCCAUUAACUCAAAAACUUGCACUGUUUUCAUCAGCAACAAAAUUUUUUCCAAGAAAAGAAAAACAAAAAUCACCACGAAAUUCCUUUCUCAGUCAUGGAAAAUUUGAUAACAACGUACAAAGACGAUGACGAUACAGAUGAUACCUCUAGUAACAGCAACAAUCAUGUUCCAAGUGAUAAUCUCACUCCCACCGAAACCCUAACGCCUAUUUUUGAAGCCAUGGUCACCGAAAAAAACGGAAAUUCUUCCCCGAAACAAGAAGUUAAAGAAGAAACCGAAAUCUCAACAGAGAUGAGCGAGGAUGUCGAAUUAACUGAAGAUGAAAACCUAACUCAGAAUCAGCAAUUAUCCUCUGAAAAAGUUACAACUACUCUUUCAGACGACGAAGAUGAAGAAGAUGAUGAUAAUGUGAUAAAUAGCCCUAGAAAAAAGAGAAGAUCUCUUGCUUCGUUCACAGAUAAUGAUCAAUUAACUCCUGUAAUCACAUCUAAUCAAGUAGAAGAAGAAGAUGAAGAGGAAGGAGAAGAAGAAGAAUCAAAGAAAUUGGAACAGAUUCCUCUUCCUUCAUUGACAGCACCAACAGUGAAGAAACCUAAGAAGAAAAUAAGCAAAGCUAAUAGCGUUUGGACAAAACCAACAUCAAGAAAGGGUAAAAAGAAGAAUAAAUCUAAUGGUAAUGGCAAUGGGAGUGGGAAUUGCAACGGAAACAACAAUGGUAAUCAUCAUAAUGUGGUUUCUGCAGCUGAAGAUACUGUUUUGAUUACUCCCAUUCCUCGAUUUCCUGAUAAGAAUGAUGAUUCAGUAGACAUGAAGAUAUGCCUAUCUAAGGUGUACAAAGCUGAGAAAGUUGAACUAACUGAUGAUAGACUAUCAGCUGGAAGUUCUAAAGGGUAUAGAAUGGUUAGGGCAACAAGAGGGGUCGUUGAAGGAGCUUGGUAUUUUGAAAUUAAGGUUGUAAACCUUGGGGAGACUGGACAUACUAGGUUGGGUUGGUCUACUGAUAAAGGAGAUUUACAGGCACCUGUUGGGUACGAUGGAUAUAGUUUUGGGUAUAGAGAUGUGGAUGGUAGUAAAAUUCACAAAGCUCUUAGGGAGAAAUACGGGGAAGAAGGUUACGUCGAAGGUGAUGUAAUAGGCUGUUAUAUUAAUCUGCCUCAGGGAGGUUUAUAUGCUCCAAAACCAGUGCAUUUAUUUUGGUAUAAAGGCCAGAAAUAUUCUUCAACACUGGAGGCGAAGGAUAAGGAAGAGGCGGCCAAAGUGGUACCCGGAAGUGAGAUAUGCUUCUUCAAAAAUGGAAUAUUUCAAGGUGUCGCUUUCAAGGAUCUGCCUGGGGGACGCUACUACCCUGCUGCUUCUAUGUACACGCUCCCUAACCAACCAAACUGUGUGGUCAGGUUCAAUUUCGGCCCUGAUUUUGAAUUUUUCCCCCAAGAAUUUGAAGAUCGUCCGAUACCCACUGCGAUGAUUGAAGUUCCUUAUCAACAAGUUGAAGCUAGAGUGGAGAAUGGUGAAUCGCUUGAGAAGAAAUAGUGGCAGAGCUUCCUUUUAAACAUUGUAUCCCAGUAUGGCUAAGGUGUGCACGAGACUUCACAAUUUAAGGUCUCAUUUUUUCUAUUCAUUUCGUAUACUAUGGCAUUAUAGAUAGAUGAGAAAGUUUUCUUCAAGUUAAAGCAGACUUAAGUUGGUCGCCUUUUCAUGCCUGGUGACAAUGUUGCAUAUAUUUUUACAAAACCCUGUAUGUGAACUUAACCCCGAGCCUACAGGGCCUUGUGGAUGUACCAACUGCUUAAGAACCCCCUUGUUCCUGUGAGGGGAUUCGGAGGGGUAAACCAUCAGGAGGAAACCCUUCUUUUAACCACAUGUUGCAAAUGUGUUUAAUUAGUAACUAUAUACUUGCAAAAUUCCAAAAUUAUCAUUGAAAUGUUGGAAGUUUGAAUCGAU